GGAAGUUAAUAUUUAGCGCCAAAUGUUGAUUCUCGAUAGCUUUUGUUGUUGAUGUGAAGUGGUCUUGAACAUGGAGGUGCGCAAAGUAAAGACGAAAGUAUCAUCGGGCUUCAAGAUGCGGGGUCUCAUCCUUCGACCUGAUGCCAGCAGGUACCUGAUGGAGGUGUUGGAGUCUGUCAGUGACCUGGAACUGGAUGAUGUCAUCGAGCGGAUCCUGGACGCUGUGGAGAAGCAGCCAUUGCCCUCCAGUGUGAUCGAGUUGGAUGUGAUGGAGAGAGCUGUGCAGGACUGCAGUCAGACAUGUGAUGAGACCAUAGAUAAUGUCUUCAACAUCAUUGGCGCCUUUGACGUGCCGAGAUAUAUCUACAGUACAGAGAGGAAAAAGUUUGUACCGCUUAACAUGACCACUCACUCUGCCCCAAGUCUUUGUGGCUCAGCCAGGGACAAGGCCGAGCUCUUCAGAGAACGCUACACACUUCUUCAACAACGGACACAUCGACACGAGCUCUUCACCCCACCUGUCAUUGGGGCUGCUGUGGAAGAAGGCAGAAACAAAUUUCAGCUCAAGACGGUUGAUGCACUACUGGGUAGUACUGCUAAGAUGGGAGAUGUCAUUGUCUUGGGGAUGAUCACUCAGCUUAAAGAGGGUAAAUUCUAUUUGGAAGACCCCAGUGGUACGGUACAGCUGAACCUCUCAAAGGCACAGUUCCACAGUGGACUUUACACAGAAUCCUGCUUUGUUCUGGCAGAAGGCUGGUAUGAAGACUCCGUCUUCCAUGUGAACGCAUUUGGUUUCCCACCGACAGAGCCGUCCUCCACCACAAGGGCCUACUACGGCAACUUGAACUUCUUCGGUGGUCCAUCCACCACAUCUGUGAAGGCCUCGGCCAAGCUGAAGCAGCUGGAGGAGGAGAACGAGGAUGCCAUGUUUGUGGUGGUCUCCGAUGUGUGGCUGGACAGCGUGGAGGUGAUAGAGAAGAUCCACCUCAUGUUCUCAGGAUAUGCAGCCAUGCCUCCCACCUGCUUCAUUUUCUGUGGCAACUUCUCCUCAGCCCCCUAUGGAAAAACACAAAUCAAAUCACUUAAAGAGUCGUUGAAGGUUCUCGCAGAUGCAAUCAGUGAAUACCCCACCAUCCACAGCAGUAGUCGCUUUGUGUUCAUCCCCGGGCCAGAAGACCCUGGUCCCAGUACCAUCCUACCCAGGCCUCCACUGGCAGACCACAUUACUGAAGAGUUCAGACAGAAGGUGCCGUUCUCUGUGUUCACUACAAACCCCUGCAGAAUCCAGUAUUGCAGCCAGGAGAUCGUCGUCAUCCGAGAAGACCUGGUAAACAAGAUGUGCAGGAAUUGUGUCCGGCUUCCUAGUGGCAACCUUGACAUUCCAAACCAUUUUGUGAAGACCGUCUUAUCGCAGGGCCACCUGACCCCACUGCCGCUGUAUGUCAGCCCAGUGUUCUGGGCCUAUGACUAUGCUCUACGACUCUACCCUGUGCCUGAUGUCAUCAUCUUUGCUGAUAAAUACGACCCCUUUAACAUCUCCAACACAGACUGCCUGUGCAUCAACCCGGGCUCUUUCCCAAAAAGUGGCUUCACUUUUAAGGUGUAUUACCCAUCCAACAGGACAGUGGAGGACAGCAAACUCCAAGGUCUAUAAUACCACACUGCUGCGUCUGGACUUUGGUAUCAGCUAUAAUUGUGUUGUGUAAUGUAAAAUAUGCAUCAAAGAAUACUUCUUAUAAAUACCUUUAUUUUAUUUGUUUGGUUGGGAUACCUUUUUAUCAUGGAGAAUAACAUUCCUUGAAUUGUCAAUUGUGUGUAACUUUUACUGGAUUGGUGAAUGUGAAAUAAAGCAGAUGAGAUUUGU